CGCCCACUCCGCCGCUCCCCUCCCGAAGCCCUCCCCUUUCCAGCGAGGGUCGAGUUUGGCUGUUGCGCGCGGGGAAGGAGGGGCUACGAGGGAUUUGAAAGUGCACGGGCUGCGGAGUGGAGCUCGCAUCUGUUCCCGCCGCCCGCGACCGGAUUGAAUUUCUGCAAAUUCAAACUGAAUGGGGCUUUCUUCUGCUGCCUUCCAGAGGGCGCCUGCAGCCCGCCGCGCGCUUCUCUCCGGCGGGAGCGGCUGCCCAGCGCGCGGCUAGGAACGAGCGAGCCGGACCCGAGCCCGUGCGGACCAGACGGCGGCGGCCAGGCUGCGGCACCCGGCUCCGGGACCAGGCACCGGGGCUCCGGGACCCAGGAGCCGGACCGCGCCCCUCUCCGCGCGCCCGAGCAGGGAGACUGUCAUCAGCCUCCUGGACGGGACUGGGGUAGGGUCCCGGCGUCUUGAAAGGGGACCGGGCGACCCUCCGAGGAAGAACUUCUUGGGGGCGGGGUCCCCGGUUUCCCUUUGCUUGGGCGGCAGCUAUUGUCUGCGCGUCGCGCCGGCGGCGCGGGGGGCGUGAGCUGGGGCGCAAGGCGCGGAGACCUGGGCCGGGCGCGGCCGAGCCCAGGGAGGCGGCGGGAGGAGUCGGGGAACCGGAGGAGGAGGAAGUGCUGCGAGCGCCGGAGCCGAGGAGGAGCCGCGCGGGCCGCGGACGAGCGCGAUGCCGGCGGCGGCGGGGGACGGGCUCCUGGGGGAGCCUGCGGCGCUCGGGGGCGGCGGCGGCGCGGAGGACGCGGCCCGGCCGGCGGCGGCCUGCGAGGGAAGUUUCCUGCCGGCCUGGGUGAGCGGCGUGUCCCGAGAGCGGCUCCGCGACUUCCAGCACCACAAGCGCGUGGGCAACUACCUUAUCGGCAGCAGGAAGCUGGGCGAGGGCUCCUUCGCUAAGGUGCGCGAGGGGCUGCACGUCCUGACCGGAGAGAAGGUGGCCAUAAAAGUCAUUGAUAAGAAGAGAGCCAAAAAGGACACCUAUGUCACCAAAAACCUGCGACGAGAGGGCCAGAUCCAGCAGAUGAUCCGCCACCCCAACAUCACGCAGCUCCUUGAUAUCUUAGAGACGGAAAACAGCUACUACCUGGUCAUGGAGCUUUGCCCGGGGGGCAACCUGAUGCACAAGAUAUACGAGAAGAAGCGGCUGGAGGAGGCCGAGGCUCGCAGAUACAUCAGGCAGCUCAUCUCUGCAGUGGAGCACCUGCACCGGGCCGGUGUGGUCCACAGGGACUUGAAGAUAGAAAAUUUGCUGCUAGAUGAAGACAAUAAUAUCAAGCUGAUUGACUUUGGUUUGAGCAACUGCGCGGGGAUCCUGGGCUACUCCGACCCCUUCAGCACACAGUGUGGCAGCCCUGCCUACGCCGCCCCCGAGCUGCUGGCCAGGAAGAAGUACGGUCCCAAAAUCGACGUCUGGUCCAUAGGUGUGAACAUGUAUGCCAUGCUGACGGGGACACUGCCAUUCACAGUGGAGCCUUUCAGCCUGAGGGCUUUGUACCAGAAGAUGGUGGACAAGGAGAUGAACCCCCUCCCCACCCAGCUCUCUACAGGAGCCAUCAAUUUCCUGCGCUCUCUCCUGGAACCAGACCCUGUGAAGAGGCCAAAUAUUCAGCAAGCUCUGGCGAAUCGUUGGCUUAAUGAGAAUUACACAGGCAAAGUGCCCUGUAAUGUCACUUAUCCCAACAGGAUCUCUCUGGAGGACCUGAGCCCGAGUGUGGUGUUGCACAUGACCGAAAAGCUGGGCUACAAGAACAGUGACGUGAUCAACACCGUGCUGUCCAACCGCGCCUGUCACAUCCUCGCCAUCUACUUCCUCCUAAACAAGAAACUCGAGCGCUACUUGUCAGGGAAAUCUGAUGUCCAGGACAGUGUCUGCUACAAGACCAAGCUCUACCAGAUAGAAAAGUGCAGGGCCACCACGGAGCCCUAUGAGGCCUCCCUGGACACCUGGACAAGAGACCUUGAAUUUCAUGCUGUGCAGGAUAAAAAGCCCAAAGAACAAGAAAAAAGAGGAGAUUUUCUUCACCGACCGUUCACCAAGAAGUUGGACAAGAACCUGCCCUCGCACAAACAGCCCUCUGCCUCUCUCAUCACACAGCUUCAAAACACCAAAGCUCUGCUGAAGGAGCGGAAGGCCUCUAAGUCAGGCUUCCCUGACAAAGAUUCCUUCGGCUGCCGCAAUAUUUUCCUCAAAGCCUCCGAUUCCAAUUGUGUGGCUUCUUCUUCCAUGGAAUUCAUCCCUGUCCCACCCCCGAGGACGCCCAAGAUACUGAAGAAACUGGAGCCCCACCAGCAAGGGCCCGGGAGCACCGGCAUCCCCCCCAAGGAAGACCCCCUGAUGCUGGACAUGGUGCGCUCCUUCGAGUCUGUCGAUCGUGAUGGCCACAUAGAACUGCUGUCCCCCUCUCAUCAUUGUAGGGUUCUGAACUCCCCAGUGAGCUUGGCUCGCAGAAAUUCCAGUGAAAGGACCUUCUCCCCGGGGCUGCUGUCUGGAAGCACAUCGCCUCUCCAAACCCCUUUGCAUCCCACUCUGGUCUCCUUCACUCAUGAAGAUAAGAGCAGCCCCCCCAAAGAGGAAGGUGUGUGCUCCCCACCUCCAGUUCCUGGCAGUGGCCCCACACAGUCUCUGGGGAGCCCGAACUGCGUGAAAAGCCGAGGCAGGUUCCCUAUGAUGGGCGUCGGGCAAAUGUUGAGGAAGCGACAUCAGAGCUUACAGCCAUCUGUAGAUAGACCCCUGGAAGCUGGCAUGCCCCCACUGCAACCAGCAGCCCCUACAAGCCUGUCCUUUGAUGUGGCUGAUGGCUUCAAGAGCCAGUGCUGACUUGGGCUGGUGGGAUUCUAGGUAUCUCUCAAAAAAAAACCCCAAUGAAUUGAAUAGUACUGCACGCAUCCAUCAGUGUGUAACCAGUCAAAGACCUUGAGUGGAAUGCCCUUACGGCCCCAUCAGUUCCUGCCGUGCAAUCCCACCUAUAGUUGAAACCCACAGACCCAAAGCCUACACAUUCUGACCUCGCUUAGGGACCCCGAAGAUGCUGGGAACCGAGAGGAGUGUUGGCUCCAGGGGCAGCCGCUUCCAGACAUUCAGAGUCCCGCUUCCUCCUGCCUUCCCACCCAUUGCUGGGCUUGCUGGGGAAACUGUGCUUCAGCCUCUGGGCCACCCAGAUCACAGACUGUUACAUUUCUUCACUCUGUGCUACACAUGUGCCUCCCAGCAGAUUGUCCUUUUCUCAGCCGUCGGCCACAGGCACAUAGGGACCGACAGCAUCACAAGUCAUUCAACCAGGCCACAGUCUCCUCUGCUGAGUGAAGCCCUUCCUUUCAUAGCAGUGAUUGCUGAUGGAUGGCAGGGGUUGCAGACAGGGAAGGGGGGCCCUGGAACCUUCAGGCGGACAGCAAGGAGCUUCAGGCAAGGAUGGACCCAAACAAGGGGGGACCUGUGGAAAGAUGAGGACCAGAGGAAACACUGACUUCCCAAGCUAGGUUUUGACAGAUUUUCUUUUCUUUUAUUGAAACUUGGUAAUGGUUGAAUUAUCUUCUCCAAAGAGAUGUUUCUUUACAUGAUGUCAGUAAAUUAAACUAACACGCACACACACA